AGCCGGUGUGGACAGCUCGACCGAAAAAUCGACGACCGAUUUUUCCGCAAGAUGGCCUCUCCUCUUCGCCGCAGCUUGUCCCGGGGUGCAGCCAGCGGCGCCUUGUCCUUGGGCUCCGCGGUGACGCCACGCAGCGCUCAGGGCGCCGCGCUGAUCCGGGCGGCCUCCAAUGCCUCGCUGCAUUCCAUGAGCUCUGUGGGUGCCAGGACGCCAAAGACGCCUCGCACUCCCCGCACUCCCAAGACGCCCAACAGCUCGUUCUUCUCUCCGUCGAUCAGCGCUGCUGCCGGAUACGCCGCCAACUUCGCCCACGCUUCCCCGGAGGACCUGCCCUCCCCAACCUCUGGCUCGGGCGUGUCGCCUGAGCGCCACCGCGGGUUGGGUGGGAUCCGCCACCAGGCGGAUCUCCCAAUUCUGCUGGGGCAAUCUGGCGCCCAGACGUCGCCCUCGCUGGAGGAGCCUCGCAGCGUGCGGUUCCAGGAUGACCUGGAUUCCUUUGCGCGCAGCACACGCGAGAUGGUCAUGAUGCGCCAGCGCGCCCGGCGCGAGCGCAAGGAGAUGGUGGACAAGGCCAUGCGGGAGAACAUGUCCUAGACCGACAGUCGACAGGACGCCUUCGGACAAGAGCUUCUGGGAGGCGCGAGGCCGGUCUGCCUUAGGCAUUGCGCGGCCGAGUCGCUGCAGUGGCCGGGGAGUGAGAGGAGAAAUGGCGCU